UAACGAGUAUCCAAUCAAACGGUUUUUAUCUAAUCUACUAAAAUACAUAACAGGUGCACAUACUUUUGUGGGCAUUACUUUGAUAAUCCUCUUUAAAGAAUGAUCAUAAUCGCGAUUUCGAUAAUUGUGUCCAUAUUCACAACGAUUUUUUUACGAAAUCGAAAGUUGGGAAAAGAAAAAAUAUUAAACGUGUAUAGUUCCCCAGGAAAAUGGUACCUAAUCAAGUACUUAACAAUGCUAAUUCUCUUCCAAUUACGAAAUUUAUCCUCAAAAUUAAAACCUGGAAAAGCUGGAAUAGGAUAUGGAACGAAGAAGCUUGAGGAUAUCGAAAAAUUACAACCAUUAUCGCAAGAAAAAAAAGCGUUUGAUGCCGUUUUUUACCAAGGAGUUAAUUCUAGUGGUUAUUACUUCGCUGGUGGGAUUGAAAGGAGGCCCAACUCAAAAGUGAAUGGACUCGUUUACUUGUUAGUACCUGAACUUGGAUUACUCGAAAGCGAAAGUUUACCAAAAACCGAAUUAAAUGCGGAUGAAACGGAAAAUUCUUUUGCUGGAGGUGGAAUUAGUUUUACUCCUGUUGUACCAAUGAAAAAAUGGGAUAUUUAUUACAAAGGUCGUAUGUGGCUUGGACCUGAAUCUAAUAAAACUUGGUACAAUGUCGAAUUAAAAGCUGAAUUCACCUCGGAUAUGCCUCAUUUUGUUGUCGAUUCAGAUGCUGACAAAAAAUGUUUAGCGAGGGCAAUCGCCCGAGAAACUUGGACAAAAGAAUUUUUUAAAACCCUCGAAAAAUCGCAUCAAACUCAUUAUGAACAAAUGGGGAACAUUACAGGAAAAGUUAUCAUAAACGAGAAAGAACACAUUUUAAAUUUACAAGGAUUUAGGGAUCAUAGUUUUGGACAUCAGCGAGAUUGGACUUUAUUACACCGUUACAUUUUUCAUAUGUUGUAUUUGGAGAACGAUGUAAGAAUUUGCAUCGGUGUUAUUAGCCAACCAUGCACAAUUUCUCAUUUUGAAAUCGGUUACGUUCUCAAUCCUAAAACCAAGGAGAUUCACCCCGUUCAAAGGGCUGAUUUAAAAUUGUAUCAACACGGCGAAGAUGGUGAACCUCCUAAAAGUAUUGCGUUUACUUUUAAUGCAAACGAUGAUAAAUACGAUUGCAAAAUCGAUUAUUUACCUUACAAUGGUGUUCAUUAUAAAGGAAAUGAUAUCGAAGCAAAGUUAAUUGAAAGAUUUUUUGUUGGGGAGGUGAAUGGGGUUAAAUGUCGAGGUGUAAGUGAAUGGCAUUAUAAUAAUGUAGGUACAUAUACAAAGUAAAUUCCUGUUUUAAUUAUAAAAAUAUAUUUCUAACUAACUUCA